AUGGCUGCCAAGGACCGUUUAGCACUUCUGAUUCUUGGGAAUUGUUUCGCUCUCUUACUAUUCGUCUGUCAGGCUCAAAAACAGAAACUUCACAUUGGUGGAAUUUGUACGUUGUCAAACCACUGGUUUGUGCACGCCCGCGUUUUUCCAGAUAUAAUCAGAAUCGCCUUUGACGAUAUAAACAACAACACGGAUGUGCUGGCCGAUUAUGAGUUAGUCCUGGACAUGGUCGACGACCAGGGAAAUCCCGGGCUAGCCAUGAAAGGACUGUUCGAAUACAUCAGUGAAGGCCCAAAUAGACUGAUGAUUAUAGGGCCAGCCAAGUCGGAACCCACCAACGCUAUUGCUCAGGUGGCCCACAUGUGGAAUUUGAUGUCGUUGAUUUACUCAGCACGCUCUUCCGACAUUAACAACAGAGCUGUGUAUAACAGCACCUAUGUCGUGAAUCCAAUCGACAAGAGCUUGAAUCCUGUGCGGCUCGCCAUCAUGAAGGGAUUCUCCUGGACAAAGGUGGCCACCAUUACACUCAGCACUGAAGCCUUUUCCUCGCAAAUGAGUGACUUUCACCAAGUGAUGAAAAACAACAAUAUCACAGUUGUGACGUCAUCAGUGCUCACUGAAAACUCCAACGCUUACAUAGCUCAACAUAUUGAAACACUGAAGCAAUUUGAUGCCCGGAUCAUUGUCGCCAAUAUUAACGACUUGUAUGUCCGCCAGGUGUUUUGCGAGGCGUACCUCAGAGGCUUAACGGGUCGUAAUUAUGUGUGGAUUUUGAUGAACUGGGCGGCGACUCCGGGAUGGCCUGACUCUAUCGACACCACAUGGGGGACUCCACCAGAGUCUCGCUGUAAUACAGAGCAGCUUCAUGAAGCAGCUGACGGCUACCUGGGACUGUCACAGCAAUUCCUAAGCACAAGUGAGGAGCCAACAAUUGCCGGAAUGACACCCAAGGAAAUUGCGGAUCGCUCGGAUAGGCUCUUUUCCUCUCUUGUCCCAGGUGGACAGUUACCCCACAACCACCCGCAUGCCUACGACGCCGCCUGGGCCAUUGCACUAGCCCUGAACUACUCCAUAGAAAGACUUGUACCACUGGGCAAACGUCUGGAGGACUUUACUUAUUCCGACUUCGCAAUGGGCCAGAUAUUUCGUGAAGGGUUGGAGGAAAUACAGUUUGCUGGAGCAUCGGGCCCUGUGGCAUUUCGUCCAGACGGCAGUCGUGUCGGAAUUACCUUCAUUAACCAGUGGAGAGAUCGACAGAUGGUAGAGGUGGGGCUAUUUGAUGAGAUCCAGUACGAGUUAAAAUGGUACCCGGAUAGCGGUAUCAUCUGGCCUGGUGGUAAGGUCCCAAAGGAUAGCUUUAUUCGACGUUACGAACAGCAGGAGCUUCCCACCUGGUUACAGUGGAUGUUCAUCACCAUCGCCUGCGCAGGAAUAAUCCUCACCCUCUCACUCCUCGUCUUCAACAUCCGCUUCCGCAAUGAAAAAGUUAUCAAGAUGUCCAGUCCAAACCUGAACAACCUAAUACUGACCGGUGGUAUGCUCAUGUAUGUGGUAGUUUUAAUCGCCAGUCUGGACACCAAGUACUUGUCUAUGGAUGCCUUCACUUUCUUUUGUAAUCUGCGAAUGUGGCUUGUUACGUUGGCCUUUACUGUUGCCUUUGGCUCCAUGUUCUCCAAGACGUGGAGAGUUCAUCAGCUCUUCACAAACAAAUCCCUAGAAAGAAAGGUUAUCAAAGACUCUCGCCUCUUCAUUUUCGUCGGCCUGAUGACAAUCUGUGAUCUCAUCGUCCUUGGCAUCUGGAUUGCCGUCGACACUUUAAAGGGAGAGAAAGUCAUUUUACCGGAAAUUAAAGACUCAAAGGAUGAUGACGUCAUCAUCGUGCCUGAGUACACACGAUGUCACAGUGAAUCUGCAUUAUGGUUCCAAAUCGCUAUUUACUCCUACAAAGGUUUAUUACUGCUGCUGGGAUCUUUUCUGGCAUGGGAAACCAGACAAGUCACUGUUCCAGGAUUAAACGAUUCAAAGACCAUUGGGAUGUCCGUGUACAACGUCACUGUUCUAUGUGCUUUUGCCGUACCCAUUGGUCACGUGCUCACAGAUGUUCAGUACGUCAUCAGAUACGCCCUGCUGUCCGCAUUGAUAGUAUUUUGCACCACCUCAUCGCUUGCACUGGUCUUUUAUCCUAAGAUUAUGAUGAAAAAGAACAAAGUUGAGAUUGGUCGUUUUGCUGGCGGAGGGACAACAGUUGGAGAACCCUCAGUUACGGGAUAUAGCAACCCUACCAGAGUAAUUCCAAUGCAGCCUUCCCAAGUCGAGACCUAA